GGGAGGGGCCGCGGUGCCCGAGGCGACCCGCACCGGCCGCGCCGCCGAGGCGGGAGGCGUGCUCUCGGGCUGCCCGGCGCCCGCAGGGCCCCGCAGACACCCAGAGCAGGGACCCGCCGGGGCCUGGGAGACGGACGGACAGCGGCGAAGGUCGGUGCGCGGAGUUGUGGCCUUGGGAGGAGGGCGAUCGUCUGGGACGCGAGGGCUGCACCCCCCACUUUCCCCAAAACACAACAGGGAGGUUUACGGUACCCGCGGCAGGGGGAGGGGCAUUGACCCCCUUUCCGUCCGCCCCCGAAGUGACGGCCGAGUCUUCCCAGCCAAAAGUUGGAAACAACCCAAAUGUACAUCAACUGACGGAUGGAUAAACAAAAGGUUUCUCCAUACAAUGCAAUGUUACUCAGCCAUGAAAAGGAAUGAAAUACUGAUGCAUGCUACAGCUUGGAUGAAUCUUGAAAACAUUAUGCUAAGUGAAAGAAACCAGACAAAAGUGGCGGCUCGAGAUGGGGUCCCAGGUCUCCAUGGAAGCGAGAGGUGUGCAUGUGGUGAUCGUCGGCGGGGGCUUUGGCGGGAUCACGGCCGCCGGCCAGUUGCAGGCGCUGAACAUCUCCUUCACGCUGGUGGACAUGAAGGACUCCUUCCACCACAAUGUGGCCGCCCUGCGGGCCUCCGUGGAGAGCGGGUUUGCCAAAAAGACAUUCAUCUCCUACUCGAAGAGCUUCAAGAAUAGCUUCCGGCAGGGCGUGGUGGUUGAGAUCGAUCUGAAGAAUCAGACGGUGCUGCUGGAGGAUGGCGAGGCACUGCCCUUCUCGCAUCUUAUCCUGGCCACGGGCAGCACUGGGUUCUUCCCCGGCAAGCUGAACCAGGUUUUCAGCCAGCAGGAGGCCAUUCAGGCCUACGAGAACAUGGUGAAGCAGGUCCAGUGCUCACAGUCCAUCGUGGUGGUGGGUGGAGGCUCUGCUGGAGUGGAGAUGGCAGCGGAGAUUAAAACCGAGUACCCCGAGAAAGAGGUCACUCUUAUUCACUCCCAAAUGGCCCUGGCUGACAAGGAGCUCCUGCCCUGUGUCCGGCAGGAGGCGAAGGAGAUCCUGCUCCAGAAAGGCGUGCAGCUGCUGCUGAGUGAGCGGGUGAGCAACAUGGCGGAUUUGCCUUUCAAUGAGUAUCGCGAGUGCAUCAGUGUACAGACGGACAAAGGCACUGAGGUGGCCACCAACCUGGUGAUUGUCUGCAACGGUAUCAAGAUCAACAGCUUUGCCUACCACCGUGCAUUUGAUAGUGGACUGGCCAGCAAUGGUGCCCUGAAGGUGAACGAGUACCUCCAGGUGGAGGGCUACAACCACAUCUACGCCAUCGGCGACUGUGCCGACGUGAAGGAGCCCAAGAUGGCCUAUCAUGCUGGCCUCCACGCCAACAUCGCCGUGGCCAAUAUCGUCAACUCCAUGAAACAGAGGCCCUUCAAGGCCUAUAAACCAGGUGCGCUGACGUUCCUCCUGGCCAUGGGGAGAAAUGACGGUGUGGGCCAGAUCAGCGGCUUCUACGUGGGGCGCUUCAUGGUUCGGCUGGCCAAGAGCCGGGACCUGUUCGUCUCCACGAGCUGGAAGACCAUGCGGCAGUCUCCACCCUGAGGAGGAGGCUGGGCGGGAGACGAGGUACCACCGACACCUGGGAACGGAUUGCCUGACAAGUGGUACCCGCCUGACAGCUGUCAAAGGGCACUCUUUCUGGAGUCAGAUGCCACUGAUGUACUCACCAGAAACACAACUUACAGAAAAGCAAGACUGGAGAGGAGAGAGAGAAAAACAGAGAAGGAGGGAGAGAGAGAGAGAGAGAGAGAGAAGAGAGACUAAAAAGACACCCCCUAGAGGAUUCUUUCUGGGUUUGGCAAGGCUGAAUGAAUGCUGCACUGGGUCCUGGGAGUGCGAAGCCAGCCUUCUGCAUAACAGGCUCCCCUUGGAUGUGUGUGCAUGUGCGGGCGCUGGGUCUCCUGAGGGCUGGCUUCCUGUCUGCAGGGCAGGAAGGAGGACCUGCCAAGUGAGACCAGCUAAGGAAGGGGGUCUGCACCCCAGUCUUGCCCGUCGUUCAGAGGGUGGGGAAGCCCACACAUCCUGCAAUACUCCAGUUGUCAGUAGGAGGCUGAUUUUAAACUGUUAGUCCCUACAGUCUUUAAUCUUAACGAAACUUUCUAUAUUUCAAUUUUUAUACCAUAUAUACUAUGAUUACAUAUCAUAGGUUAUAUUUAAGAAGAAAGAGAUAAAAAUUUCCCUGUUGGUUAGUCCAUGCUAACAGUGAGUUUUUAGGGAGCUCAGGGAAGUUAUGACCGAGACCUGGCCUGCCAGCUGCUGGAGGUGUUUAACAGGGGGGGGGGGGCAGCCGAGCUACGUGACCGCUGGGUGGGUCCCCAUCGGUGAACAAACAGGGAGCAGACGAGCCCUGUGUGCUUCCAGGCUGCUGUCAGGGCAAAUUUACAAGUGAAAAGACUCCUCUGUGGUUUUGUGCUUCUGGUCUCUUGGCCAACCCGAAUGUCACUGACCUGGGGACCCGGCCCUGUAGUGAGGAUGCCGGCCAGCAGCUAUGUUAAGGCUAUACUGACUCCUCUGCUUGGGAGAGAACGUCAGUCUGGAGGAGCCUAUUUUGGACCCCGCAAGUUCACACGACAGCAGAAGUGGAUGAUCAGUUCAUCCGAAUAAACUCAGGUUCUGGCCCUGCCCAGCCGGCCCCUCCCUGCUUCCCUUUGAUGUGGCCCCUGGAUAUUGACCGGAGUCCUUGGACACCAGCCUCAUGGGGGCUCCUACUCCACCCCGUCUGGGCUGCGGCCUGGGCUGAUGAGACAUGGGCCUCUCCCCCAAGCAUGGCUUCCCCAUUGGGGCAUCGCCCAGGGCUGAGUUCCUAUGGACCAAGGCCAACGAGGCCCCCCUUCUGGAAGCAGGACCGAUGCCUGAGAAGCAGACCAUUCCGUGCUGUCUGACCUGGGGCCUUCCUAGCUAGCACGGCGGAGUCAAAGCCCGUUGGAGACAGGCUCGUUCUGUUCAUAACAUUCUAGACGUGCCCACACCCAUGGGGACAGUUUUCCAAACAGGAAAAUGUUGCAAUAAAAGAGUAUGUUGUAAGAAAGACA